AUGGCCUUUUCAUCAGCCUCUUACAAUAGCCUUUUCCGACGAUGCGUGGUUUGUGGCCCGGAGUCGCCCUCAUGCCCUUCCUGUGACAGUGGCUUCCAAUGUGCACUCCUUCCGCCCACGUGCGACGAAUGCCAGAAAACUCAGUGUGUAGCCGCUGCCGCCGCUGCCACAACUACAAGCAGCUCCUCCAAGUCGUCAAGUUCUGGCCCAAACGUAGGAGCAAUCGCCGGCGGUGUGAUCGGAGGAAUAUUGGCUAUAGCAGCUGUGACAUACCUGGUCUGGAGAUUCUGUAUCAAGACAAAGAGACAACAAUAUGAACAAGAGGACUGGAUUGAGGAGCAAGAGGAGCAAACAGCAGCAGAGAAGGAGUUCACAAUGCGACGGGAUGCAAGGGCUUCAACUCACACAGUGGCUUCCAUUGCUUCCACCGUCCUGACCAGGGCUUCUAAUAUCAUUCAAAUCGCAUAUAUUCCAGGAGUUACGAACCGAUCUGCACCGUCAACGCCUGGCCUCUUAGUACCUCCCGUUCCUCCGAUUCCAAUUGCGUUAUCGUCAGCUUCCACUACACCACGAUACGAACAAGAGCAUUUUUUUAUGCCUGGUGACCUGCGGGACUCUACCUAUUCCGGUAUCAGUGAUCGGACUUCUUACGCAAGGAAUAGUGUUGCGUCCACUAUCUAUGGAAAGAAUGCUGUCGUUUCUCCGGUGCCAGCUCAGACAGUGAUCAGGGGCAAGGCCGCAGUCGUCAGUGUGAAAACCACUGGAGGUGGCACACCUGGAGAACUCACACCGCCAGUUCCCAGUGUCGACUAUGAUAAAUACGGAAUUGGCGGACCCCCGAGUCCUGCGUUCAGUGUUGGAUCAACCUUCCUGAAUAAUGCCAGCGCCGCAACGCAAGUCAGACCACAGGUUGUGCGAGUAGAAAGCGGCCCAAAGAAGACACCACAAAACUCAGCACCUGGAGACGACGUUUCUAUGCAUGAAAGUCUUCUUCCUCGAGAAUCACAUGCCAUCACUAUCAUUGACGAUACUCCCACGAUGGAGCAAGGGCCUUUCAAAGACCCGCCGGUUUCUCGGCAGAAAAGCAAUAGUUCCCUUAGUGCUGUGAUCGAAGAGGCAACGAAGAAGGCGAAGGCCAACGGCGUGGAGAGGAAGGGGUCUCCGUUUGGGGAUGAAAACGAAAUGAGAGAGUGA